UUCUCGCACGCUUGCUCGUGUUACUGCCGCGUUUCAAAUGCACCAUUUUUUUUACUUUCUCUCCGCUGACUGCAUUCACCGCGGUGUCCGUUAGCUUGCAUUAUUAUCAGCUAGCCAAAUUGGCUAGGCAACUCCUGCUAGUUGGUAGCAGGCAGAGAAAGGGGAAAGAAGGCAACCAGGCUGCUGUGCAUUUUUAACCCACACCUGCCUAUUGUCACUGCAGGGAAGGGGAUGUGUGGUUAAUCAAUGGGGUUUUAAUGUAUCGCACCGUGUCGAGAUGCAGGGAUGAUGUGUAGCGCACGCUGGAAAGUUGCUUUUGACAUAUGAAGCUUGUGAAAUGUGUGCGCACGCCGCGUUUCUACAUCUAAGAUCGCGCGACAGUGAAUAUUUUAGAAAUACUACUAAUAAAAUGACAUUAUUUUAUAAUAAACUAAAUAUUUAAUAAAAUAAUAAAUGUGGCUUGGAGGUUAAACAUCAUUUAAAAUAUAUAAAUGUGCAUGGUUUUUGACGUUAUUCCGGACAGGGUGACCCUAAUGUUAUUUUAACGGCCGUACAUUUUUUGAAAGCCGCCGAAUAGAAGGCUCGCGCUGUGACUGUUACAGAUCCGUUGACUGUCAUUAAUUUGGUUUUUGCGAUGAGAGCGUGAACUCUAGUGAAACUAACGCACUGUUUCUAUGAUUUUCUCCAACUCGAAGAGAGUUUAUUAUCGUACAUGAACAUUUUGGCGUUUAUUGGCAGUUCGUUCUUAUGAAAUGCUUUCAAACGAGCUAACUUGUUCCGUUAAGCGACCGUCUCUUGUCAGUUUAACUGUCGGUGACUUGUGACAUUAGCCGGGGGAUUUUUAAGGUUUUACCUAAAGUGUGUGUUUGAGUCGCGUUGGAAAGUUGGAGACCGCUUCAGUUUCGGGUGAGGUCUCCUUGGGCUGAUUGUGUGAGGUUUCAUUCACAAUGAAAGCAACGCCACAGGCUGAGGGGAAUGGCUUGUGAAUUAUCCCAGUCCUGCCACCUGCAGUCGGGCAUCCUCCUCCUCCUCCUCUGAAGGAGGUCAGCUGUUUAUGGGAACUACUGGCAUUGGUCUCCUGAGGAUAUAGCUCUCAUUUUUGGGACGCCAUUUUUCCACCCUUGCUGAGACACGGUGUAGUCAGGAGACAUGGCUAACAACUCAUACAGCGGGGUGAAGAACUCUGUGGCUGAGCCCAAUCACGAUGGAGAGUUUGGCUGCUCACUUAAAGAGCUGCGAUCUCUCAUGGAACUGCGAGGGGCUGAAGGAUUACACAAAAUCCAGGAAUCUUAUGGGGACGUUAAUGGACUUUGCAACAGACUGAAAACAUCGCCCGUAGAUGGAUUAAGUGGGCAGCCUGCAGAUAUUGAAAAAAGAAAAGUAGCAUUUGGACAGAACUUUAUACCUCCGAAAAAGCCAAAAACCUUUCUUCAGUUAGUGUGGGAAGCAUUACAAGAUGUAACAUUGAUUAUUUUGGAAGUGGCAGCAAUAGUUUCUUUAGGCCUUUCUUUUUAUAAACCUCCGGAUUCAGAAAAUAAAAAUUGUGGGGAUGCAGCGGGUGGAGCAGGGGAUGAAGGAGAAGCUGAGGCUGGAUGGAUAGAAGGAGCAGCUAUCCUCCUGUCUGUCGUUUGUGUGGUGCUCGUGACGGCCUUCAAUGACUGGAGCAAAGAGAAACAGUUCCGUGGCUUACAGAGCCGCAUUGAACAAGAGCAGAAGUUUACGGUGGUUCGGGGAGGGCAAGUCAUUCCGAUCCCCGUGGCCGAGAUUGUCGUAGGGGACGUUGCACAAAUUAAAUAUGGUGACCUCCUGCCUGCUGAUGGAGUUCUCAUCCAGGGCAAUGACCUCAAAAUAGAUGAGAGCUCUUUAACUGGAGAGUCUGACCAUGUGAAGAAAUCGAUGGAGAAAGAUCCUUUGCUGCUGUCAGGUACUCAUGUCAUGGAGGGCUCUGGAAAAAUGCUUGUCACUGCUGUCGGAGUUAAUUCCCAAACUGGAAUCAUCUUCACGUUAUUGGGGGCGGGAGAAGAUGAUGAGGAUGAGGAGGAGAAGGAGAAGAAAAAAGAGAAAGAGAGAAAGAAAGAGAAGAAAAAUAAAAAGCAAGAUGGCUCUGUGGAGAACAGAAAGAAAGCUAAAGCCCAGGAUGGUGCUGCUGUGGAGAUGCAACCUCUAAACAGUGAUGAAGGGGCUGAGGGCGACGAGAAGAGAAAAUCCAACUUGCCAAAGAAAGAGAAAUCAGUUUUGCAAGGGAAACUGACCAAAUUAGCGGUCCAAAUUGGAAAAGCAGGUCUGGUGAUGUCAGCCAUCACGGUGAUCAUCUUGGUGGUGCUGUUCGUGGUUAACACUUUCUGGAUCCAGAAACGUCCUUGGGAAAAAGAGUGCACUCCCAUUUACAUCCAGUUCUUUGUAAAGUUCUUUAUAAUCGGUGUGACCGUGCUGGUGGUGGCCGUCCCUGAGGGUCUUCCGCUAGCUGUUACCAUCUCGCUGGCUUAUUCUGUCAAAAAAAUGAUGAAAGACAAUAAUUUGGUCAGGCAUCUUGAUGCCUGCGAAACUAUGGGCAAUGCCACAGCCAUCUGUUCAGAUAAAACAGGGACUCUGACUAUGAACCGGAUGACAGUUGUUCAGGUUUUUAUUGCUGACAAGCACUACAAGAAAGUCCCUGAGCCAGAUGUCAUUCCUGCCAGCACUAUGGACCUGCUCAUACUGGGCAUCAGUGUCAACUGUGCUUACACCACCAAAAUCAUGUCCCCUGAGAAAGAGGGUGGCCUGAAUCGUCAGGUUGGCAACAAAACUGAAUGUGCCUUGCUGGGCUUUACCAUGGACUUGAAAAAAGACUAUGAUGCAAUCCGCAAUGAAAUCCCUGAAGAGAAGCUUUACAAGGUCUAUACCUUCAACUCCGUCAGGAAAUCCAUGAGCACCGUGCUAAAGAAUGCUGACGGAAGCUACCGGAUGUUCAGCAAAGGAGCCUCAGAGAUUCUGCUCAAGAAGUGUUAUAAAAUCCUUACUGCAACGGGCGAGGCAAAGGUUUUUCGGCCCAGGGACAGAGAUGACAUGGUGAAGAGAGUGAUUGAACCAAUGGCCUCUGAGGGCUUGAGAACCAUCUGCCUGGCUUACAGGGACUUCCCUGCCUCUGAAGGUGAACCAGACUGGGAUAAUGAGAGCGAAAUCCUGAGCAGGCUCACCUGUGUGUGUAUCGUGGGCAUUGAAGACCCAGUUAGACCAGAGGUCCCUGAUGCCAUUAGAAAGUGCCAGCGUGCUGGAAUCACAGUGCGCAUGGUCACCGGGGACAAUCUGAACACUGCCCGUGCUAUAGCAACUAAAUGUGGCAUCCUGCAGCCAGGAGAUGACUUUCUUUGCAUGGAGGGCAAAGAGUUCAACCGCCGGAUCCGUAAUGAAAAGGGAGAGAUUGAACAAGAGCGGAUUGACAAAAUAUGGCCUAAACUCCGGGUGCUGGCGAGAUCUUCACCGACAGACAAGCAUACACUAGUGAAAGGUAUAAUUGACAGCACUGUUACAGAGCGGAGGCAGGUUGUGGCAGUAACAGGAGAUGGCACCAAUGAUGGCCCUGCCUUAAAAAAGGCCGAUGUUGGGUUUGCCAUGGGCAUUGCUGGCACAGACGUGGCUAAAGAAGCCUCUGAUAUUAUUCUCACUGAUGACAACUUCAGCAGCAUCGUCAAGGCCGUCAUGUGGGGGCGGAACGUGUAUGACAGCAUUUCAAAAUUCCUCCAGUUCCAGCUCACCGUCAAUGUGGUGGCUGUGAUCGUGGCCUUCACUGGAGCUUGCAUCACACAGGACUCUCCUUUGAAAGCUGUACAGAUGUUAUGGGUAAAUCUGAUUAUGGACACAUUUGCCUCUUUGGCCUUGGCCACUGAACCACCCACUGAAUCACUUCUGCUGAGGAAGCCUUACGGUCGUAAUAAACCCCUCAUCUCCCGGACGAUGAUGAAGAACAUAUUGGGUCAUGCAGUCUACCAGCUCGUUAUCAUCUUCACUCUACUUUUUGCUGGUGAAAAGAUGUUCGACAUUGACAAUGGACGUUAUGCACCUCUUCACGCUCCUCCCUCUGAGCACUACACCAUUGUCUUUAACACCUUUGUGAUGAUGCAGCUAUUCAAUGAAAUCAAUGCAAGGAAGAUCCAUGGGGAACGUAAUGUUUUUGAAGGCAUUUUUAACAACUUGAUCUUCUGUUCCAUCGUCUUUGGGACUUUUGCUAUUCAGAUUGUGAUUGUGCAAUUUGGGGGAAAGCCAUUCAGCUGUGUGGGGCUGAGCAUUGAGCAGUGGCUAUGGUGCAUCCUCUUGGGUUUUGGGUGUCUACUAUGGGGACAGAUCAUCUCCUCGAUCCCAACGAGCCGGCUGAAGUUCCUGAAGACUGCUGGUCAUGGAACGCAGAAGGAAGAAAUUCCAGACGAGGAGUUGGAGGAGCUGGAUGACCUGGAGGAAAUUGACCAUGCUGAGCGAGAGCUCCGCAGGGGACAGAUCCUCUGGUUCAGAGGCCUGAACCGCAUUCAGACUCAGAUGGAUGUUGUGAGUGCGUUCCAGAGCGGAAUUUCCUUUCAGGCGGCCGUCAGGCGCCAGCCCUCCAGCACCAGCCAACAGCACGAUAUCCGAGUGGUGAAUGCGUUCCGCAGCUCGCUCUCGCCCUAUGAGGGCCUGGAGAAGCCAGAGUCUCGCACCUCCAUCCACAACUUCAUGACCCAUCCGGAGUUCCGGAUAGAGGACUCAGAGCCUCACAUCCCCCUCAUCGACGACACUGAUGCAGAGGACGACGCACCCAUUAAGAGAAACGCCACGCCCACUCCGCCUCCCCCACCCUCGCCCAAUCAGAACAAUAACGCCGUAGAUAGCGGCAUCCACCUCUUCCUGGAUCCCAGCAAGCCAGCCACACCCUCAGCUCCCGGGAGCCCCAUGCACAGCCUAGAGACGUCCCUUUGAUCAGCUCCGCCCCUCGCAGCGACACACAACACCUGCUCUUCUCCACAGAGACUAAAGAACUCACUGGAUGAGAGAGCCGGAGCCAAGGAGCUCUCGGGAGCUUAGCUUUUGCUUCUCUUUAUCUGGAUGGUGUUGUACAUUUGUUCUUUUUGCCCUUUGCUUAUUCAAACAAUGAUUUCUGCAUCAUUUGGCUGUUAAUAUUUUGAAUAAUUAUUUAUGUUUUUUUUUUUUUUUCUCGGAAGACUGGUCUGUUUACAAAGUUUGUAGAUACUUUUUUUUUUUCUGGUUGUUGGUGGAAGGGCUUCCUGAUGCAGAGAAAUGGGGACAAAUGAAAUAAGAGAAAUAUUUCAGAUACUGCUGUAUUUUCAGGAAAAAAAGGGCGUUUCUAUGGAAACCGAACUAUUUUUGCCUGCAAGUUUUAUUUGUUAUAUAUUUGUAGAUACAUAGAACCUUCAAGCCAAAUAGAUAACACUAAAGCUUGUAUAGCAGUGAGUAGAGGUAUUGAGGGCCAUGGGAGGUUUCUUCUUUGGACUGGUGAGGGGAGGGAGCCAUAGACGAGGAUCUCAGUCCAUAAAUCUCCUCUCAUACUUACUUUCUCAUACUUCACCCCUUAAAAGUCAUCUUUGGGUUUAUUUUAAGUUCCAAGAGUCCUGAGAUUCAUCUCUCAUUCUCGUUUGGAAGUUAAAGAGUAUCUGAAAUGGCUGGAGCUGGAGUCUUCACGCUUUUAAUGGUGUGAUUUUGAAGUGGAGGCCGCACCAGGUCCGCCUUUAAAGAAUGAAUGCAUCUGUUAUUUAACUAUUGAAAUGGUCCACUGUCACUUGAUUGACAUCAAGACAUUAAGUUCCUGCCAAUGUAUCAUUAAGUUUGUUUACUCAGGCUAGCAGAUUGAAUUGAAAAAGAUGCAAUGAUUAAAGAGUAAAAGUAUUUUAACUUAAGAUUGUCUUUAAGGUAGUACAUUUCUGUCUCAGUUAAAAGGAAAAAUAAAAGAAGUAAAAUGAGUAAAUUGUUGCUUUUUUUGGGGGGAUUCUUUCAAAAAAGUGUUUUGUUUGUUCAUCAUUUGAAAAAUAUUGUACUUUAUAUUUUCCUUCAUAUUCCAUAAAGAUUGCUGUCAGUUCAAAUAACUGCAAUUAGUUGUAAACUAUAUUUAAGACCUGAAUUACUGGAAACACAAAGGAAUCGACAUGAAUUUAAGACAACAUUCAUGUAACAAUGGUAUCGCAGCACAGGGUACAUUAUUUCAGAUUCCUAAGGAACAUUUUGAUACAGACCAUAUAAAUUGUAUUUUUAUGCAGAAAUGACAACAUCUCAGACUGCUGAACCAGACCUACAGGGAUUUUACAUCAAUUAUAUUCACGGGGGGUGGGCACUCUUUAAACAAGGUUCGUGAUUGGUUCUUCAAGUAAUCUUUUACUCAGGGUGGUUUAUAACAUGAAACUUGGUCAAAAUACUAACAUGUUUUGUGUAUUUGUAAUGUUUAGAACUAGAUUUAUUUUCUGGCAGCAGGGUUCCAGAUCAGACUGUUGAGGGUGUAAUAAAAGAGAAGAAAGGAAGAAAAACAGGAGAAAGGGAUUUGCAUUUCUUCAGACAUCGCAACUGCACAUAUAUAUAUAUAUAUAUAUAUAUAUAUAUAUAUAUAUAUUUUUUUUUUUUUUUUUUGAAUAAGUUAUUUCGUUUUUCAUGUUUAUUAAAAUAAGACUGCUUAAGUUUGCAAUUUACAGCAGAUAUAUUAAAAGAAUCCAUAACUUUUUUUCUAUAGUGUCUUCCUAUACUGGGAAUGAAUGUUUAUCCAUCUGUUUUAAGGAUUUGUUUGUUUGUUUUUUUAAUCUUAAAAGUUUGGAAAUAAAAGAACAUGUCUGUUUAUCUUGCGCAAUGUAAAUGGAUAUCGUGAUUUAACUUACAUUUUAAACUCGUCGAGUAUCGUGUAUGGUUUUUAAGAAUAAAAAUGGAUAUUUAGCCUAA